AUGAACGAUGAAUUGAAUAAGAACGGAACGAAUGAAAUAAAUGAAGUACUCUCUUUGGAAAAUGGCGAUUUACAUGAAUAUACUAUAAAAGAUAGCGAUAUAAGAUUGGAUACUAAAGUUGCUAAUACCGAAGUGCUUGAACAAGGAGAUAAUGAAUUUGUUAAUGGACAUCAAGAAGAUAAGGAGCGGCUGGGUGGCGGCGGGCUGGGCCUGGGCGGCGGCGGGUUCCGCGGCGGCGCGCAGCCCUCGUUGGCGGACUUUCAGCCGCCAUACUUCCCGCCACCCUUCGCCCCAGCCGCGCACCCCGCGCACUCCUCACACCCUGCUCACCCCGCACACCCCGCCAGUCCGCACCACCAGCAACAGAGCCAUGGAAUGGAUUACGGCGGCGGUGGGGGCGGGGAGUAUGGCCAACAUUACGCGCCGCAGCAACUUCUGCCGCGACAUCACUCGCAUCACGAGACUCACGCCCAUCUCAGACACCACAGGGACCACCAUGACAUACACUCGCAUCACUUAUCACACGGAGGCUUUGGAUACGGUGGCGGUGAACGACGAGCGGAUUACGGCGCAAGGGAACAACACGAACUGGCCUUACAUCAUGCGUUACACUCCACAGAUGAAACACAGAACGCCGGCAUGGAUGAUACGACGGGCUUCAUGACGGAUUUACCGUUAUUAAAAACGAUGAAAGGUCGCGACGGUCUCGGUGGCAGUGGGUCGUGUGCGCCUAACGACGUGUUCUGUUCAGUUCCGGGUCGACUGUCACUUCUCUCCUCCACCAGCAAGUAUAAGGUGACGGUAGCCGAAGUACAAAGAAGACUAUCACCACCCGAAUGUCUUAAUGCGUCUUUAUUAGGCGGCGUACUGAGGCGGGCGAAAAGUAAAAAUGGUGGCAGAUUACUUCGUGAGAAACUAGAAAAGAUUGGCCUCAACUUACCAGCUGGGAGACGGAAAGCUGCAAAUGUUACUUUACUGACGUCUCUUGUUGAAGCGGAAGCGGUACACUUAGCGAGAGAUUUCGGCUACGUGUGCGAGACGGAGUUCCCGGCGCGCGCACUCGCGGAGUACUUGGCGCGGCAGUACGCUGAGCACGACGCGAGGAGACGACGGGAUCUGCUGCAAGCGACUAAACAGGUGACGAAGGAGCUGAUGGACCUGCUGAACCAGGACAGGUCUCCGCUGUGCAACACGCGGCCGCCGCACCUGCUGGAGCCGGCCGUGCAGCGUCACCUCACACACUUCUCUCUCAUCUCGCACGGAUUCGGCGGACCCGCCAUUGUCGCCGCCCUCACAGCUAUACAGAACUUUUUAAAUGAAUCACUGAAGCACUUAGACAAAUUAUAUCCUCAAAGUGGCAUGGUGUCAUCGUCUAUGGACAAAACUAAAAUGGAUCCCGACAUCAAAAAGUAACACAAGAACAAAUAUGGCGUAUUCAGUGUGACACACGAACGCGCCUUCCCAAUGACUAUGGACUUCCCUUCGAAAAUGUUGCCAGUGUAUAAAAUUAUUUUUUGAGGGAUUAAAAAAAUAUAAUAAUAAAGAAGUACAUUAAAGUUACAAUUUCGACAGUUGAAAAAAAUAUAUUUACUACAAAAAUUAUUCAAAGUUGGUUAGUAAUUGAAAAAACAAACAAAGCUAUUGCUAAUGCUUAAGAAAUCUCAUCAAAUUAUAAUCUGUACCUUUACCAAACUUCAAAUUAUCCAAGAUUAAAAAUAAUUUUUAUUAUUACGUGAGAAAAAAAAUCAUGAAAGGAAUGUUACUUUAAAAUCAAAUUAAUUAAACUUAAUUUGUUCUAAUCUGUAAUGUCACAUCACCAUUUUAUAAUCGUAGGUUUUCAUUGACGAGACACUUUUAAAAAUAUAUUGUCUCUGGUUUAUCACAGAUAAUUUAAUGGAUGACAUGACAAAAAAUCUUCGAUAAAAUAUUAAAGGGUCAUUUCUUACUUUUAUUAUCAACCAUUAAUUAAUACAUACAUAACCAAUUUUUAUAGAAAACUGCCAUUAUCUGGACCUUAUGUGAUAUACGAAUAUGCGUAUUUAUUUUUAUGACGAUAAGCCGCUUACUGUGUCCUUCCAUUGUCGAAACACUUAUAAAAAAACGUACUGUCAUCUCACUCAUUGUCUUUGAAAACUAUAGACAACAUUAUGUUUUUAUACAAAUGUUAAGGCAAUGGAAUUUCAGGGUUUCAAAAAGUGCAAUUAUAAUACUCAAGAUUGUGAAAAUAUUGUACAUAUAGAAUUACGAGCAACAAUAGUAUUAUUUAAGCAUUUACUAUUUUAAAAUGUAACAGUCAUAUUGAUUUCAAAAAUGGAGGACCAUAGACAAGAUAAUAAGAUGUCAAAUAAAGUCUUAGAAUUUUUUUUUAAUUUAAACCACGAUAUUAACCACAGAGAUAUUUAAAUUAAAAUA